CUCCACCUCCAAUUUCCCACAAAACCCAAAAAACAAACUCCACCGCAAAAUCAUAACUCACCAAAUUCAAUCUGAAAACCCAAACCCCAUCGAAAUUCGCCUCAGAUUUGCAUGAAUCUCCACCAAAACAUCAUCAUGUACGGCGGCAUCGACGGGAUUAGCUGCGGCGGCGCGGCGGCGUGGAGCAGGCAGGAGGACAAGGUCUUCGAGCAGGCGCUGGUGGAGUUCCCGGAGGGAUUCGGCGAUCGGUGGCGCGCGAUCGCCGAGCAUCUGCCGGGGAAGUCGCCGGAGGAGGUGGAGGCGCAUUACGAGGCGCUGCUGUAUGAUAUCGCGGAGAUUGACUCGGGGAGGGUUGAGCUGCCGAGCUACUCGGAUGAGUCGAUUGGGUGGGAGAGCGACCGCUCGAGGUCGGGGACGCCUGGUCAGAUCUCGUUCGGCGCGCCGGGGAAUCGGAGCCGGCAGUUGGAUGUGGAGAGGAAGAAAGGCACGCCGUGGACUGAAGAUGAGCACAGGUUGUUUUUAAUUGGGCUUGAUCGGUAUGGAAAAGGCGACUGGAGAAGCAUAUCAAGAAACGUAGUGGUCACGAGAACUCCAACCCAAGUAGCUAGCCAUGCCCAAAAGUAUUUUCUCCGUCACACCUCAGGCAAGAAGGAAAGGAAAAGGUCGAGCAUUCACGAUAUAACUACCGCCAUGGACAGUUUAACUGUUCCUCCUCCCGCGCCCACGAGUCUGCCUAGUCAAGGAGGGUACCAAGCCUUUAACUUCUCCAUGCCGAGGUGAAGAGCUAGAAAGGUAUAUAAUAUAUUUGUGUAAUAUAUAUGAUAGCUUCAUUUAGGACUAACAGAUAAAAUUUGUAAAGUUAGUUUUGUAUGAUUGUAUGUUAAAAAAAAGAGAUAGUCAAUAGAAAUUGUGACUGGAGAGUUUAGUAGGUUUUAGAACUCACAAGUCUCAAAUAUUUAGUUGUAAAGAGAUUACAUAGUUGAAAAAAUUGGUGAUGCUUAUUUGUUUCUGUUU